GAGAAAAUGUGAGAGGAUAGGAUUCGGUGCACAAAUGUAGGAAUUGGUCUUAGUAGGCAGUUUAUACGUAGUUACAGGAAGGAGGCAAGUAGGCGAGUAAACGGUGCUGUGAACUAGUGGGUUUACUGAUUCCCAAAAUUUCCUUAGUAAAAUUGGAAGCAAACUCAUUAGUCAAAAGUGAAGAUAGCGAAGGAAGUGGUGGAAGUUUGAUGAGAGUGGAGAAAUAUGAUAUAAUAUUUUAGGAUUAUGGGCAGAGCAAACUGAAGGGAAUUUGAAAAUUGAAAAGAGGGCCGAACUAGAUUUUGCCUUGAGAGGUUAGUCCCUCUAGGCGCUCGGUAGCCGGCGUCGCGUUUCCUUGGAGACCGAGACGCUGGCGAAAGCAUCGGGUCUCCGGACCUUUGAGUGGCCCGGGUUACUGCGCGAUCUACACUGAGACAAGGAAGUUGGAAAAGCCGAGUAGUUAUUCUAGAAGAUCAGUGUCUCACAGACUCGCAGCUUCUCUUCCAUUUUCCCCAAUGGCGCAUGUCUUACAAAAACCCAACCACUCUGGGACUCACUCCACAGUCUACGAGUUCCAGGUUUCGGAUUAUGUUCCAUGGCAGCAGUCCAAGCAGGAAACCAAGCCAUCUACUCUGCCUCCAGUCCAACAAGCCAACAGCCUUCAUAUAAGCAAAAUGAAGACUUUGACUAGGGUCCAACCAGUGUUCCACUGCAAGCCCACUAGAGUGGUGACAAGCUACCAGCCGAAGAAUCCACGAGAACUACAUAGAAGGCAGAAGUUGGACCCUGGGAAGAUGCAGGCCAAAAUCCAGUUAAUGAAGAUGAUGCUCAGGAACGGGAGGACCGCUCUGCGAGAGCUCCAAAGCCAUGAGAACUUCCUCACCAAGCUCAACGAGGAGCUGAUCGAGACUAUCCAGGACAUGGAGAACAGCACGACCCUGAACGUGCGGGCCCUGCUGCAGCAGCAGGACAUCCUAGCGACCAUCAUCGACAUCUUGGAGUAUUCAAACAAGAAGAGGCUGCAGCAAUUGAAGUCUGAGCUUCAGGAGUGGGAAGAAAAGCAGAAAUGCAAGAUGAGCUCUCUAGAGCAGCAGGCGGAGCAGCUGAAUGCUAAGAUUGAGAAGACCCAGGAGGAAGUGAACUUCCUGAGCACUUACAUGGACCAUGAGUAUUCCAUCAAGUCUGUCCAGAUCUCCACCCUUGUGCGCCAGCUGCAGCAGGAUAAGGACAGUCAGCAGGAUGAGCUGGAUGACCUCAGUGAGAUGCGCAGAAAGGUCCUGGAAUCCUUGUCUGACAAGAUUCAGAAGAAGAAGAAAAAAAUUCUGAGUUCUGUGGUGGCAAAAACCCAGCGUCCCUAUGAGGAGGCUCUCCUACAGAAGAUAUGGGAAAGCCAGGACUUCCUGAAAUGCAUGCAAAGGUUCAGAGAAUUUAUUGACCAGUUUGAGGAGAACAUGCCCGUAUUAAGGGCCGAGGUGGAAGAGCUCCAAGCCCAGACCCGGGAACCCCGAGAGGUCGUGUUUGAGGAUGUUCUGCUUCGGAGACCCAAGUGCACCCCAGACAUGGAUGUCGUCCUCAACAUUCCUGUGGAAGAGCCGCUACCCUUCUAGAUGGCAGUGCCAUGGGCUGCCCUCCCCUCCUGCUCUCUCCCCAGCACCUGGAGCCUUGGAUCAUUUACUUCCAGGACCGAGUCUCCAUUCAGACCCUGAUCUACAGUCUCCCUGCUCCCUGUGCCCUUCCUCCCUCUUUCUUCCCCUCCCUCCCUCCCUUUCUCCCUCCCUCUCUCCUUCCUUCCUCCUCUCCCUCCCUCCCUCCUUUCUCUCCUUCCUCUCUUCUUCCCUUCUUUCUGGUUGGUGCUGUUGGGCCAGGUGGGAAUUUCCAGUUAAAUCUGCUGUUCCUUUUUUACCGAUAAAGCUGGAUUGACAUUU